AUGGUUGAUGUAGCACCGCCAGAGAGUCAGCGAAAAACCGCGUCUAGUCGAGAGUCAAAUAACAAGCAUCUAUCUCCAAGCGAAGCCGAAAACAAAACAUCUGUAAGUUAUCUUCAUGUUGCCGUUGUUGGAUUUUUAGUUCUUGAGCUCGACGCUGAGUGAAGAAUUAUAUUUUUAGGAAUGUCUUGAUGCUCAGCCGGUACGUUUGUCAUGGAAGAACAUCUGUGUGACACAUCGGAAGUCCAAUCGGACAAUCCUGAGAGACGUUUGUGGGUUUGCCGAGCCGGGAGAGCUGGUCGCGCUGAUGGGAGCUUCUGGAGCUGGAAAGACAACAUUGUUGAACACUCUAUUAUGUCGCAAUUUGAAGGGAUUGGAUGUGAGUUCAUUGUUUAUUAUUUUUCUUUUGAUUUUAGGUUGAACAUUAAAUUUUGAAGGUUUUGGAAGUUUUUAACAAGCUUUAUGUUAUCCAUGGCCAUUUUUAUGUGUUAAAACGGAAAACUUUGAUUAAAAUUAGAAAUUAUAGCCAAAGAGAACAACAUUGAUACAGGUUUCAUAAACAUUUUUACAGAUCUCCGGAAAGAUUUUGGUCGACAAUCACCAGCUUUACGACAGGAUCACCAGGGUCAGUGGCUACGUGCAACAAGAGGAAUUGUUUUGUACCCGAUUGACUGUCGAGGAGCAUCUUCGGAUUCAAGCCACACUCAGGUUACCUAAUCUGACCACUAGCAAGCGGCAGUCCCGGAUCGACGAGGUAAGGUUGCGUGUUAUUGUAUUGUACUUGAUGUUUUAGGUAACACUUUUUGACUUUGAUUAAAACAGCUUGUAGGUUUGCUGUAUAAUGUGUUAUUAAUUGUUUUUGAGGAGUUGAAAUGGUUUUCAAAGUUUUUUUGACUUGUUUAGAAUGAAAAUUUAUGAUUUUAGGUAACAAAUUGAACAAAAAAGAUUUUUUGUGUAAUAUUAUUGUGAAAACAUCUGUAUUUGACUAUGUUUCAUCAACAAAUGUUACGUUUUAGCUGCUACGACUUCUGGGCUUGAUGAAAUGCCGAAAUUCAAAGAUUGGCAUAAGUGGAAUAGAUAAAGGAAUCUCAGGAGGCGAAGCCAAGCGACUGAUGUUUGCCAGCGAACUUCUCAACAAUCCACCGCUGAUGUUUUGCGAUGAACCAACGACUGGACUGGACUCUGCGAUGGCUGAAAGUGUUGUUAUGUGUAUGAAAGAGCUAGCUAAACAUCAACAUACGAUUAUAUGCACCAUCCACCAGCCAUCUACUUCUGUUUUCAAGACUUUUGAUAAGGUAAAGUUGAUUUUUGAAAUUUUUUAUGUUUUUAGGUACGAAAGAGGUUAAUGUCAAGAUUAUGCAUCAUCUACUAGUUAUUAAAUAUCAGGUUUACCACAUUUCAGGUCAUUUUCCUAGCCAAUGGCCGAGUCGCAUAUUAUGGUAGCCCUGACACUUGUGUCGCCGCUUUUUCCGAGCUAGGUUAUCCAUGCCCAAAGAGCUAUAACCCAGCUGAUUUGAUAAUAGAAAAGCUGGCUGUAGAACCAGGUAAUGAAGAGGAGUGCAAGAACCGAAUCCGAAAGAUCUGCGAUGCCUUUGAGAGCUCAGAAGCCGGCCAGAACUUUCUUUCCCAAUCGAAGGAGGUGUCAGAAGAGACAACGAUCACUUACAAUCGAAAAACGGCUCCAAUGUACAUGCAGGUAUAGCUUUGACAGAAUUAUUUUUAAAAAAAAUUUUUUGUGGGCGGGGUAAAUUUUUUUUGGGUGGGGUGGAUAGAAAUUGAAAUUUUGUUUUUCCGGGUUGAAUAGAAUUAGAUUUUUUGAAUGUAAAUGGAAAAAAAGGGAAAUUUUUUCAGAGCGGGGUAAAAAUUUUUUUUGGUGUGUGUGGAUAAAAAUUGAAAUUUUUUUUGUUAAAUUUGCAAACAAAUUAUUCAAAAAUAAUAUAUAUUUACAAAUUUUAGUUGAUAGGCUUUUUAAAUUGACAUAUUUUAGUUCUUAGCCUUAUUAAAACGCUGCUACAUUGACACCUGGAGGAAUCCAGCCCUUGCCAGGGCGAAGCUGAUCCAAAAACAUUCCUUGGCUUGUUUCUUGGCUUGA